CAAAUACGACGCUGUCACCUAGGCAGAAUAAAGACGUCGCCAAUACAUACAAAACUUUUUUCAUAGGGCUUAGCCGGGCAUUGAAAACAAGUACAGAUAUUAUUUCGUUAGAGAAUACUAGAUUUCGGCAAAGAAAUACAUGAUAGCGUUAUAGCAGUCGCAUAAUGCAGGCACGUUUGACGAAGAAAGCAUCGGUCCAGAAUGAGAAGGAUCCUAGUCCUGGCCCCGGGGGUGGGGAACACAAAACUGAAGACACGCCCAACGACCCGCCAGACAAACCCCUCGCAAUGUGGGGCAAGUUGAAGAAGAUAGUGGUGGUCGAGGAGGAGAAACAGCCCGUACCUGAACCAGGGGGACCGGCCUACAAGAAGGAAGCCACCUCCAUCAGUCCGCCAGCCAAUGUCCGUGCCAAAAAAGAGUCAAAACGUGGCCCGAUGGGAGAAUACAUCGUGCCUCCAGGAGAGAAGCCACUGACGUCUCUAGGUGACUGUAUGCCCGGACCUGCGGACUAUGACCCAAAGAUUGACCCCACCAAGCAGGGGUCUCCGCACUACUCCCUGGUCGGGAGACCCAAACUGACUGACGACAAGAAGUUCAUUCCGGGUCCGUUCGAGUACAACACGUCAGGGGACGCCCUGUGGAAGAAGAAGAUCACGCUAAAAGGACGGGGAAAGUGUUACUUCGAUAUCGAUGCCGAGAAAGUGAAGAGCGUGCUGUACAAGGUUGAGUACAAGGCGAUAGGGAAUGAGGGCCCCAAGUACAAGAUCGGCAUGCGCGCACCCAGCAACAUCUACACCGGGCCCGCCAACAGCCUCGUGCAGCCCGUGGACACGAAAGGUUUUUGCACCCCCGGUCCCAACUACAGACCAAACUCCAGCUACUGGGGCCGUGGACCCAAGAAAUCAUUCGGGGCCAGAUUCAAGGAGCAGACGCCUGAGGGGCCGGGACCUGGAGACUAUGACGUCAAUACAUCCAACCGUGGCCCCUCCCACACGUUCGGGAUAAAGCUUCCGGAACCAGUCGGUGUCCAGCAAACUGUGAACAAGUUCAGUCCAGCCCCCAAUACGUACGACCUCGGUACCACAAUCGGCAAGGCUCCGGCCGUCUCCAUAGUUGGAAGGACAGCGGCCUCCGAGAAAGUGCGGACCGGGCCGUGUCCUUCCCAGUAUUCCCCGGCCUACACAAAAAGCAAACACUCUCAACGCGGGAAAACCCUUGGCUACAAGUGGUUCGACGUGGACGAACCGCCCACUCCUGGACCGGCAUAUUACUACGUGAAACAUGUGAACCUGAUGAAGAACCCCGAAUUCACGUGCAGGCAGCGCGUGAAAGCGUCAUAUCCGGACUCGGUCACGUAUGCCAAAGAGCCAGACAAAUACCCCGGCCCUGGGGCAUAUGAAACCCAGGAUACGUUGGAGAACAACGAGAGACCGGCUUUUUCCUUCCGACAAAGACUUGAACCGCCUGUUGAUAAAGAGAAGUUUCCCGGCCCCAACGCGUACCUGGUGGAAACUAAAGAGAAGCCGGGUAGCAAACGGACGCCAUCAUUCAGCAUGGGCAAGCGUUUAGCAGCCCCAAAUUGUAUGAAGGACACCCCAGGGCCCGGGGAGUAUACGCCCAAGCAUAUCAACCACGUGACGGAGAAGGGCAAAUACACGAUGACCUCCCGAACCAAGGCCAAGACAACCUACGUCAACCCGGUGGCCCCAAACAUGUACACGCUCCCGGAACUGAUGGCCGCGAAGAACAAGGGUGUGAUUCUCAAGAGCAGGGCAAGCCCUUAUGUGUACUCGGGAUUCCGCACCAACAAGAUCGAGGAGCAGCGAUCCCUACCCUUGAUUGCAAACUAAUAAAACAUUGAAUUUUAAGAAGAUUUCACAUGUCCCAUUUAUUUACAUUCGCAUUUUUUGUGAAUAAUAAACUAAUGGUUCCACUA